GUUGCUAAAAAAAGAAAGAGAUUGAAAACCACGAGUCUGUUAAGACUUGCAUUACUGCGCAUACGUAGAUUUUCCUCUGAAUUAGCUAUAUAUAUGCCAGUAUCAAGCGUCGAGCGUGUUUGACAUUCGUUUCACAUUGCGUUUUAAAUCGCUAGAGCUGCAACUGCUUCAUUAAUGCUAAAAGCAAGAUGCGUAGCAGAAGCAACUCCGGCGUCCGUUUGGACUAUUAUCAACGGAUCGUCCAUAAAAUAAUUAUGAACCAUCAGAACCCUGUCACAGGACUCUUUCCUGCAAGUCCUGAUAACGAUCAUGCCUGGGUACGCGACAAUAUUUACUGUAUACUUGCCGUAUGGGGUCUGUCAAUGGCGUAUAAAAAAAUAGCUGACGCUGAUGAAGACAGAGCAAAGACUUAUGAACUCGAGCAGAGUUGCGUAAAGCUAAUGAGAGGUUUGCUGAUGGCAAUGAUGCAACAGAAAGGAAAAGUGGAGAAGUUCAAAUCCACUCAAAAUCCACAUGAUGCGUUGCAUGCAAAGUACAGCUCAGUCAAUGGCCAAAGUGUUGUUGGGGAUGCUGAGUGGGGACAUCUUCAAAUUGAUGCGAUUUCUUUGUACCUUCUAAUUUUGGCCCAAAUGACAGCCUCUGGCUUACAGAUUGUCUUCAAUUUGGAUGAGGUGGCCUUUAUUCAAAACUUGGUAUUUUACAUCGAAUCUGCUUACUGCACUCCAGAUUAUGGAAUUUGGGAGAGAGGAGAUAAAACAAAUCAUGGCUUGCCGGAGUUAAACGCAAGCAGUAUCGGAAUGGCCAAAGCUGCGAUGGAAGCGAUGAAUGAAUUGGAUUUGUUUGGUGCGAGGGGUGGACCCACCUCGGUCAUUCAUGUUUUGGCCGACGAGGCGCAGAAGUGUCAAGCGGUUUUGCAAUCCAUGCUGCCCAGAGAAUCAAACUCUAAAGAAUUAGACAGCGGCCUGCUAUCCAUCAUAAGUUUCCCCGCGUUUGCAGUGGACGAGCCUAAUCUAAUUCACGAGACACGCGAGGCUGUUAUCAAGAAGUUGCAAGGGCGUUAUGGUUGUAAAAGAUUUUUGAGGGAUGGAUAUAAAACGCCGAAGGAAGAUAUGAACAGAUUGUAUUAUGAGCCGUGGGAGCUCCGUAUGUUUGAGAAUAUUGAAUGCGAAUGGCCGCUGUUUUUCUGUUAUUUAAUAUUGGACUACUGCUUCCAAGGCAAUAAGGAAGCAGUUGAGAUGUGCACCAAACAGUUGGAGGAAGUAAUGAUUAAAACGGAUGACGGUAUGAAAUUAGUACCUGAAUUAUAUUCCGUCGCACCUAAAGAUGUAUCGGCGGAGUACGCCGAACCUGGUAGUCAAAGUCGAAUAGCUUUAGGCAGAUGUCCAUUUAUGUGGGCGCAAUCUCUUUAUAUUUUAGGAAAAUUGCUGCAAGAGGGAUUUCUUGCGGUUGGCGAGUUAGAUCCGUUAAACAGGCGACUGUGCAGUGAGAAAAAGCCGGACGUAGUUGUGCAAGUAGUUAUCUUAGCAGAGGACUCGGAAAUCAGGGAGAAAAUUGCACAGCACGAUAUUCACGUGCAGACAAUUGCAGAGGUUGCACCGAUCGAGGUGCAACCUGCGAAGGUUCUCAGCCAUCUGUACACAUAUUUAGGACGCAACAAGAAAUUGGGCUUGUCGGGACGCAAGUCGAGAGACGUCGGAAUUCUCAGCACUAGUAAACUGUACGCCUUGCAAGAUAAGAUAUUUGCGUUCACGCCGCAAUUGACAGAUAUGACCCGCUUCUACAUCGCAUCGGACUAUGAGCUCAUGAUUGACAUAUUCAAAGGUGAAAUUAAUUUCUUGAAGUCUAGUUGGCAGAAUAUGUUGGGUCGGCCCCUAGUGGUCAUGCCCCUCAAGAACAUUCAUCUAGAUCAAGGUAAAAUACCGUUAGCCAUGAUAACCACCAUGAAGAAGCUUAAGAGCGGCUACAUUAAUGGCACUAGAGUGUCGUUGGGAAAUUUGAACGAUUUUUUGAGCACGUCGUGCAUUACGAAUCUCAGCUUUUUGGGAAGCUCUGAAGACGGUCGUCCUGACAAACUAAAUCCUCAGAUUCAACAAUAUUUGGAGGAACAUCUAAUGCGGUCGUUCCCUCAUCGUACAGGACUUCUUAACAAGCACGGCCCAAUACGUGCGGGGAAAAAUCUGCGACGUAAAAUGUCUGUGAAAGGCGCGAUAAAAAAGACACGAUCCAUAGCUGUCGAGCCCGAGAUUCUUGGAAUGGCAGGGGAAGACCGUAGACAUUCUCUCAAUCUAAUUGCACAUCCGUUUAUUGAAGUGACAGAUACCACUUUGAACUCUAUCAAUGCCAUCCAACCGGUGAUGAUUGAACGCACGCCGUCGCCAACGGACGAACUGCUGUUGUGGAAAAACUCUCCUAAAACCAAACACAGAUCAAUUUCGGAGACUCAGUACGCCGAGACUGAAGUGGAGGAACUGCUGUCUAUGCUGCGCGAAACCGAGAGUCUCGAAGAGCAAGGAGAUAUCCUUCAGUAUAUCGUGGACUCGAAGGGACUGCAGUUCGACACAGGCGUGUUGGAAGAAGGACAUCCCGUUCUGGUGAAGGAUCUACUAAAGAGUCUCUAUGAAAAGGCUUGUCAGCAGAAAAUGUGGGGCAUCGUGCGACACAGCGCCGGCAUGCUCGGCAAAAGGGUGGAGGAUUUGGCGAAAGCGGUCACCGAUUUGCUGGUGCGUCAAAAGCAAGUCACCGUCGGCAUGCCGCCGACCAACGAGCACACGAUAGUCGCACCGCUGCCCGAGAACGAGCUGCGAACUCUGAUCCAUCAGGCGUACGGUGACGACGAAUCAACCGCCAUGCUGACGCAGGAGCUGAUCGUCUACCUGGCGAUGUUUAUCAGAACGGAGCCGCAACUGUUUCUCGAGAUGCUGCGACUGCGCGUCGGCCUGAUCAUCCAAGUUAUGGCAACCGAACUGUCGCGCACCUUAAAGUGCAGCGGUGAAGAAGCUUCGGAGCAUCUGCUGAAUCUGUCCCCCUUUGAAAUGAAGAAUUUGCUGCAUCAUAUUAUGAGUGGAAAAGAAUUUGCCAUCAGUAGCGUCGGUCGCGGCAACUUUUCCAUUAUCAGCUGCAAGUCAAACAGAGUCAGCAAGAAAUCUCAAAUCGGUGGCUUCUUAGCCGCUGAUCAAAAUCCCGAUGUUGCCGAGGCAGAAGCAGAUCGACAAGGCCAGUGGUUACGAAGACGACGAUUAGACGGUGCGCUAAAUAGAGUACCGAGAGAUUUCUAUCCGCGUGUGUGGCAAGUACUUGAAAAGUGUAACGGCUUAGCGAUUGAAGGAAGAGUGCUGUCACAAAAUCUCACGCAGGAAAUGACAUCUGGCGAGUUGAAAUUUGCAUUAGCUGUAGAAACCGUUUUGAACACGAUACCACAGCCGGAAUAUCGUCAACUUGUUGUUGAGGCCUUGAUGGUGUUAACAUUAGUGACCGAAUACAACGUCGUGCCAUCAUUGGGUGGUCUGAUUCAAGUCGAAAAUUUAGUGCAUAAAGCAAACUCUAUUUUCUUGGAAGAUCAGAUGGCUAUUGAUGGCGACGCAACAUUAUGUUGUGCAAAACCAAAGGAGCAACGUGAACUGACAGAUUUGGGAAUGCCACUGUGUGGUGGAGCAGCAUAUAUUUGCCAACAUUUUUAUGAUUCUGCACCCAGUGGAAGUUUUGGAACAAUGACAUAUAUUACGAGGGCUAUCGCCGUGACGCUGGAUUGUUUGCCAAAAGAUGGUGACUUAGAAUGCUCAAUCUCGUAGUGAAUGUAAUUUUAGUGAUAAAUAAUUUUUAUCGUAGUAAAAGUUACCAACGUAAAUAUCUCAAAUAUAACAAAUCUAUGUUACAAUUCUUUUAUGUACAAGAAUCUCCGAGUAAUUUUGUAACUGUGAUUGUUUGAACAGUUAUAAUACAAUAAUUUUAUAACUGUGGAUAUUGUAGAUUUAAAAAUUAGAAAUGUGAAUUAUUAAUUAGACAUCGAAAUCACAAGAUGCAAUAUUUUCCUAUCAAAUUGUGCAAUUGGACUUAAAGUAAUGAGAAAUUAGAUUAGCAAUCAUGUAUGAAAAAAAUAAUUACUUUAUUCUUUUAAUAAAUCUUUUAUUUUCUUCCUUA